AUGGAGGAAACACGAGCUACCUAUGGCCCCAUAAGUGAGACCCUGAAGAGAGGGUGCACCACAUCCCAGUACUGCCAGUCCUACUUCUCCACCCGCCGGGGCUUCAUAUCACGAAGCAUCUACUGCUGUUCCGAAGACCUUUGCAAUGAAGUCCCCUACAAUGUCACAUACAGCACCGAACGCAACGGAGUGGAGUGUUACAGUUGCAUUGGCAGUUUGGAGGAGUGUAAUGGGACCAGCAUUCCCACAGCCCAGUGCAGAGGUAAAGAGAACCGCUGCGUGGAAAUCUCUCGCCAGUGGCUGCCAGGAACAGGUCUGGUGGAGCCCAUCAUCAAAGGCUGUGGGAAUUACCCCAAGGAGGAAACACUCUUGGCAUACGGCAUAGGAGGCAAAAUCAGCUACGUGGCCAUUCGUGUCUGUGAAGGUUCCAGGUGCAACAACAGCUCUUUCACAGAGUUUUCUGUGAGGGAACUCAAUGGACUGGUGUGUUACAGCUGCCUAGAUACAGGAAAUGAUGAAUGCGGAGCAGAGAAUCUGCAACUCAUGAACUGCGUGGGAAACAUGGACCAUUGCAUGAAUGUCAUAGAUUACGUCCGCGGUGCUACCCUCCGAGCUGGCUGCGCCAACCAGCAGCUCUGCCAGGAUACGGUCUUCUAUGGAACACUGCUGCCCAAGCUUCCCGUCAGCUACGUGACCUGCUGCCAGGGCCCCUUCUGCAACGGAGCGCCAGGCCAGGGUGGAAGGAGAGGCGAGGGCAUCCUCUUCGUCCUCCUGGCAGCCUCUUUGCUCAUAGCCCUGAACUGAACCACAAAUGCCUUCUUCACCCAUCUGCCCCCAUCCAAAAUGCAAAACUCCUGUAGAUCAGCUGCCAUGAAAAUGCAAUCCCUCUAUCCCAGGUCUGGCAGUGCCCCACCUGCGUCACCAAGGUGUGUCUUUCUUUGGGAACGUAAUGGGAGCAGGACUUCUGGAAGUCUUCCUACCCACAAGGCCCUCCUUCUUAGCCCUGCCAGGUUUCACUGAACUUCGCCAACCCUCCCACAACAACUCAAAAGGACGCAGCCCGCAAGAGGGCAAGCUGUUUGCUUCUUUAACUUUCCACCCACGUCCGGCGCAGCCACUCGGGAUUACUUGCUCCGGGAGCUUUAAUAAGAUUAUAUAAUGGAAAAACCAGGCCAUCUCUCAUGGCCCCUGAGCCACCCCCUUGAGUGUGAAAAGGGCUUUUAACGUCACGUUUUGUAUUUCCCGUUUUUGUAGCAGCUGCCUCUCUCAACUCAUCUCAGAAGGUUGGGAGGGAGGGAAGGGGAAUAAGCAGGCGGAAAACCAAAUAAAUGGCUUGGAAAGCAGUGGCGCAGCUGGGUUAGUUCCAGACUCGGAUCCAGGGAGAUUAAUUUCUAGUUCAUUUCUGCAGAUUUCACGCCAGUGGCUGGUCUGUCU